AGUGAACUGCUGUACAAGAUAUAUUGCAACACGAAAAGUUUGAAGCUCGAAUCUUUUUCUUUCUUUUCAUCCAAAAUUACAAAAACAUCAAAUUGAAUUUUGCUUAAUUCGUUCAGUAAAUAGGCUGUAGUAAAUUGAUAAAACAAGAUGUUCAAUCGUGAUCGUGGCAACUCCAACUCUGACUACGGUCGGAAUAAUAACAAUAAUAAUAGAGGCUCUCGCGGUGAUGGUCCAACAAGAGGAGGGCUCGGUGGAGGAGGUGGUGGUGGUCGUAAUGAUGGGCCACCCCAAGGAGGUAUGGGCGGCGGUGGCAACGCGUUUCGACGAGAUGAUCAAAGGUCGUCGGAUCGACGAAAUGGUCCAAGCUCAGGCGGUGGUGGCUUUGGUGGUGGUGGCUUCGGUAGUGGUGGUGGAGAUCGUUACUCGAGUAGCAAGAAUCAACAACAACCUGGUGAACGUUUGCGACGCGUACGUUGGGAAGACUUUGAACUGAUUGAAUUCCAGAAGAACUUUUAUCGACCAUGCGAAUCGGUGCUGCAUCGUACACCCCAAGAGAUUGAGCGUUUCCAUCGUAAAAAUGAAAUCACCACCAAAGGACGAGAUGUUCCACCGCCAAUGUUGGAAUUCUUUGAAGGAGCCUUUCCCGAUUAUGCCAUGCGCGAAAUUCAAAAAUGCGGUUUCGAAAAACCAACCGCCAUUCAAGCUCAAGGUUGGCCGAUUGCAUUGAGUGGUCGCGAUAUGGUUGGCAUCGCACAAACUGGAUCGGGUAAAACGCUCGCAUACAUUAUGCCCGCUGUUGUUCAUAUCAAUCAUCAACCACGUCUGUCACGUGGCGAUGGGCCAAUUGUAUUGGUUUUGGCCCCAACUCGUGAGCUGGCACAACAAAUUCAACAAGUUGCCAACGAUUUUGGUUCAUGCACUCACCUUAAAAACACUUGCAUUUUUGGUGGUGCACCAAAAGGGCCACAAGCCCGUGACUUGGAACGAGGUGUCGAAAUUGUCAUUGCCACACCAGGCCGUUUGAUUGAUUUCCUUGAAAAGGGAACAACCAAUUUGCGCCGAUGCACAUAUCUGGUUUUGGACGAAGCUGAUCGUAUGUUGGAUAUGGGUUUCGAGCCACAAAUUCGUAAGAUCAUUGAACAAAUCCGUCCCGAUCGACAAGUGUUGAUGUGGUCGGCCACCUGGCCAAAAGAAGUCCGGAUGCUGGCUGAAGAGUUCCUCAACUCAUACAUUCAAGUGAACAUCGGUUCAUUGAAUCUGUCUGCCAAUCACAAUAUUUUGCAAAUCGUCGACGUUUGCGAAGAAUUCGAAAAGGAACAAAAAUUGAUGACAUUGCUGCAAGAGAUUUCUGGUGAACCAGAAACAAAAACAAUUAUCUUUGUUGAGACGAAGCGUCGUGUUGAUGAAAUAACUCGCGCCGUGUGCCGCAACGGCUGGAGAGCAGUUGCCAUUCAUGGUAACAAGACACAACAAGAGCGUGACUACGUGUUGAAUUCAUUCCGUAAUGGGCGUCAAUCGAUUUUAGUGGCAACUGAUGUUGCUGCUCGUGGAUUAGAUGUGGAAGAUGUUAAGUUCGUAAUCAACUUCGACUACCCAAACAACUCCGAAGAUUACGUUCAUCGAAUCGGUCGCACUGGCAGAUCGAACAACACCGGCACCGCUUACACUCUGUUCACCUAUCAAAAUGCGUCGAAAGCCAAUGAUUUGAUCCAAGUUCUCAAAGAAGCAAAUCAGGUGGUGAAUCCGAAAUUGUUUGAACUGUCAAAGUCCGGCUCACACGGUAACAAUCGCAAUUCGCGGUACGGCAACCGCGGAAAUGGUGGCGGAAACAAUUUCAACCGAGGUAACAACGAUCGACGUCCAUUUGGAAACAAUGGCAAUGGCAAUCGUUCGAAUGGUUUUGGUAACGGAAAUGACAAUGCAUUCAGACGCGAUAAAGAUCGCAAUGAAAAUGGAGGUGGAUCACGUUUCUCGAACUUGAAUGGCAGCAGCGGUGGCGGCGGCACAUCCCGUUUCUCAAAUCUAAGCUCUGCUGUCAACACAACAUCAGGCAACGCCGGAAACUCGAACUCACGAUUCGGAAAUAGCUUUGGCAGCAAUAGUGCAAGCAAUGGUGGUGCCAGUGGUGGCCGCGAGGGUGGUUCACGAUUUUCGGCACCCAAUUCACAAGCCACAUCACGCUUCUCAAACAAUGACUCAUACAACAAACCAUCGACAAACACUGAUUUCUAUCCAAAUUCGGCGUCCAAAUUCAAACCAUAUGACAACAACAAACCAAACACAUACGAUAACAACAAACCCAAACUUCCCGUGACCAAUUCCACAAAUGGUACAGCCAGCAGUAUGCCCUAUCCACCGCCAUACAAUGGCUACGGAUCAGAGGCAAUGUUCGCUUAUCCUCCACCUCCAAUCCAUUAAAUUCUCUUCAUCUCUUAUCGAAGUUACUCGCGCAACAACAAAUGCAACACUCACACACACACACACACACAAACAAACAUUUACAUUCGCUGCAAUUCAUCAUUGAAUCGAAUUGCAGACCAUUUAGUUAAAUUAUUAUUAAUCUAUCCAAGUAAAGAGAUUUCAACAUUUUCUACUUACUGUUGGUGUUGGUCAUUUGAAACAACAAGAAAUCGUAUGCAUACGAGUAGUUUACCGUACCCAAAACUGGAAAACCCGACCAUUUCCCAUUCACAAUGACGCAACAACAAUUUGUUCCACAAAUUGCAGAACUAUUUGACAAACCCUAUAUAAUCUAUACUAUCCGAAAAAUUUUAACGAAAAAAAAAAUCAUAAAUUGACAAUUUUCCCUCUUUUGUUUUAAUCCAAAGUAGAACUUAUUCGCGUAAUAUUAUUUCUGUGCUAAAUAAGUAGUAUUAUCCAACUAUUAAAUUAGUAUGUGUUUAUACGUAACAGAAAAAAACAAAACAAAACUUAAUCCCCCGAGUGAAAUGCCGCAAUAAAAACAUGAUAACAAAAAAAUUAGUUUCAAAAUGACAACAACAAAUAAAGAUUCUUUCUAAGCUUAAAAAAAA